UCUACAGGACGCGAGCUUCACACCUUUAGGCACAAGAUGGCCGCUAUGAUGACCACGGCGGUUCUCGUCCGCGCGAGCGCGCCUCGCACUUCCGUCACCUCCUCGUCCGGCGCGACUGGGUUCAAGACGGUCGUCCGCGCGACCCCGGUGUCCCUCAACGUCGCCGCGCGCCCGGUCGCGAACAGGGCUGCGAGCCUCCAAGUCGUCGCGGCGAACAAGAUGUCGCGCCCGAACCUCGCCGACAUGGAGCAGUUCAAGGAGGGCCCGAACGACACCGGGUCUUCGUCGCUGCAGAUCGCGCUCCUGACGAAGCGCAUCGAGAGCCUCACGGAACACUUGCUCGUGAACAAGAAGGACUACGCCUGCCAGCGGGGGCUGCGCAUGCUUCUGGGGCAGAGAAACAGACUCUCGAAGUACCUGCUGAAGAAGAACCCGGCGCAGCACGCGAAGGUGUACGCGGCGCUCGGCCUGAGGACGAAGUAACGGGCGCGCGCGGGUCGUAGUCUCUAGGGUAAAUCAUGCCGGAUUUUUUAAAUAUCACAUUAGCUCACGUGUUCC